GGAUCGCAGACCUGCAGUGGGAGGACGAGGGUAAAUACGAGCUGGAGGUGGUGAACCCUGGCGGCCGCGUCACCUCUUACACCGAGUCACAGCCACCAGCGACUGCUCUGUGCUAGAGGCCCAGGACCGCAUCAACAGUAACCUGCUGGCGCUAUCACGGCUGGACAACGUAGCCUGCAUGGCACCACAGUUCACCAUGCGUCUGAGGGAUCGUCGGGUACAAGUGGGCUUCCCAGUCCGCCUCACUUGUCAAAUCGUGGGCAUCCCCAAGCCCCAGGUGUCGUGGUACAAAGAUGAUGAGCCCAUGCCUCCUGAUGAUGCGCACACCAUGUGGCAGGAGGAUGGUCAUUUCUACACUCUAGAGAUCUCCAGCUCGACCCACGACGAUGCUGCUGUUUACUCAGCCAGCGCCGUCAACCCCUUUGGCUCCGUGCUCUGCCGCUGCCGCCUCAUAGUUGAUUCUGGACUCAGGUCAUACAUCUCUCCCAUGUUCCUGCGUGAGCUGGAAGAUCAGAGCGUCCGUGAGGGCUCCACCAUUACCCUGCAGACAGUCAUCGAGGCCUAUCCGACCAUCGGUGUCGUAUGGCAUCGAGACGGACAGCGCAUCAGGCCCACCCGCAAGCACUCCUUCAGUCUGGACGUAGACGGCUUGGCCACGCUGGUGAUCCGCAACGCUGACUACACCGACGGCGGCAUCUACACCUGUACCGCCAAGAACGAGAUGGGCCACAUUGAGUCACUGUGUCGGGUGUCUGUCUCCUGCACCGACUCUGAUCUCGCUUCGCGCAAGAGAGUAGUGCCGCGGUACAACAACGAGCCUAUGUUUGUGAGGAAGCCGCGAACCAUCGACGCUGAGGAGGGUGACCUCGUUAUCAUCGAGUGUGAGGUGGCAGGAGACCCCAAGCCCACCGUAACCUGGCUUCGCGACUGGCUUAAGCCGAGCCUGUACAGCGACGGUUCCAGGUUCCAGGAGGUGGGGACUGGCCCCGUGUACCGCUUGGAGAUCCCCAACUGCCGCGUUGAGGACACUGGAGCCUACAGUAUCCUGGCCAAGAAUGACCAUGGCGAGACCAGGGCCAUCAUCUCCCUACAGGUUUAUGCCAAAGGCCUAAAGGGUGAACUGGAAGGAAGGCCCAUAAAGAGAGGCGUGAUGGAGCACGUGCCAGUGGUGACACGGGCGCUGCAGGACGUGCGUUGCUGUGACGGUGACAGCGUCACUCUUGAAGCCCUCGUUGAUGCCCCCAAGACCUCCCUCGUCCGCUGGGAGAAGCAGGGCAAGGUUCUAAAGCUUGGUGGGGAUGUGGAGAGCGAGUGGGACGGGUCCAGGGUGAGGCUCAAGAUCCAUGAGGUGUACCCGGAAGAUGAGGGAGAGUACUCGUGCAUUAUCUUCAAUGACAUGGGCAAGGCUGUCACUUCCGCCACCAUCGUUGUCGAGAUGGCUGACGACAAGGAGAACGACGUUACUGUGCAGUUGGAACAUCGACCAGACCUCUCCCGCAGGACCACGCCCUCCAGAACCAACACCCCCUCCAGGUUUUCGCGCUCGCCCUCUGUAGGCUUUCAGCGUGAAGGGAGCGCUCACUCAUGGGCGGGCGUCGGCUGGCGGGAACCCUCCGUCACCAUAUCUCAUUGGCGUCCUCUCUCUCGUGGCUCCUCCCGCUGCUACUCUCGGCGGCGAACGCCAGAGCCCAGCACCCGCUCCAAGACCCGCCGUUCCCACGGACCUAAAUUCUACUACAUCCCUCAUGAUCGCAUCGUCGAGGAGGGAGAGUCUGUGUCCUUCCAGUGUGCUGUCAAGGGGUGUCCAGUGCCGAGGGCAGUGUGGGACAAGGACUCCAUAAGGAUCCUGGAGGAUGGCCGCUUCAAAAUGACCGAGAAAGACGAGGCAACAGGGAACAAGUACAGCGGGUACGUGAGAUCAUGGUAUGCCUCACCACUGACAGCUCCUCGCUUCACCCGCACCAUGGCCUCUACCACAGUCAGGGAGGCAUCCAGGAUAAGACUCUCCACAGAGUACCGCGGUUCACCCACACCCAGGGCAAAGUGGUACAGAAACAAUGAGUUGCUGCCAUUGUGUGAGGAGUACCCACAAAGCUAUGAUGGAAAGACUGCUACCCUGGAGAUCAAUGAAGCUACUAUAGCUGAUGCUGGUACUUACACCUGCGUCCUGGUUAAUGAUGCUGGCAGGACAGAGUGCUCCUGUGAAGUGAUGGUGGAGCACCACAAGGACACAGGAGACCAGCCUCCAUACUUCCUUAGACCACUACAGGAUCAUGUUGCCCUUGACGGUGACCAGGUCACAUUAUCCGUCAAACUUUCAGGGUCGAGGCCCAUGAAAGUGGUUUGGGUUCGUGAUGAUCAGGAGAUCCCAGACUCUCCAGACUUUGCCUACAAGGAGGAUGAAAGUGGCAAGUUCUCUCUAAUGAUCCGUGAUGUGUUCCCUGAAGAUGCUGGCAUCUAUAUCUGUGAAGCCUACAAUGCAUAUGGUGAUGUCAGUUGCUACUGCAGGCUUGCUGUUCAUGAACCUUUUCAGUCUUCCUCGACCCCCCCAAGGGCUCGUGGGAUCCUGACCCCCUUUGAGGUGGAGGAGGGGUCGCCAGGUUCUGUGUUUUCUGUGUAUGGCUCCCCAAAGCCCAUCCCACGGGUACGGGACGGCCGCAAGAUUAAACCCCCUCUCCUAAAGGUGGAGAUGGACGAAGAUGUAGGAAUUGAGGAACCUAUCCCCCACACAUUAGGUAUCCUCCAUGCACUCUCUACUGACUCAGGUGUGAUCUCAGUCAUCGCUGAAAACUGUCUUGGCUCAGACACUGCCUCAACCACACUUAAGGUGAAUCUGUACACCUCACGGGCUCAGUGGACUCCAUCUGCUCCAUGUACUUCCUCCAACAUCAAUGUGUCUGGUAGCAACUCAUCAGCACUUGCACCACUCCACACCUCUACCUCCCCUGCACCCAGGAUAAGACCAAUGCUGAAGGAGGUAAGUCUGGUUGAAUACCACUUGAGGUUCAUUGCUGUAUUAAAAAAUAGUUUUUGUGUGUAUUCAGUUAAAAGUAUAUCAGAUAUUUUGUAUGAAAAUUUACAAUUUAGGUGCCAUUCAACAUCAUACAUUGCGCGGGGCCUGGAGAAAAACUGCCAAUACGAGUUUCGUGUGCGAGCCCAGAAUGUGCAUGGGGUGUCAGAGCCCUCGAAGCCCUCCACUCCAGUCACCACUAGUGACCCUGUUGAUGAGGAAGAGCCUGAGCCUGAAGAUCAUGAAACUGCAUUUGCACCGUUGAAUGUUGAGAUUGAACCUGGUAAUCUUUUUGAUAAGAAGUAUAGCAUGCACGAGGAAGUAGGAAAAGGUCGUUUUGGAAUUGUGUACAGAGUAACAGAGAAAGCUAAUGGUACAAGAAGAGCUGCAAAAAUUAUAAAGUCCAGAAAUGCUAGGGAAAAAGAAAAGGUUCGUGAGGAGAUAGAUAUCAUGAAUUCUCUGCGGCAUCCAAAACUUCUUCAACUUCUAGCAGCAUAUGAGCAACAAAGAGAAAUGGUUAUGGUUAUGGAAUAUAUAUCAGGAGGGGAACUAUUUGAACGUGUUGUGGCCGACGACUUUGCCUUGACAGAGCGAGAUUGUAUUCUCUUUGUAAGACAAAUCUGUGAAGGAGUCGAUUACAUGCAUAAAAAUCUUAUUGUGCAUCUUGAUUUGAAAGUGAGUUAUAAACAGUUGGAUAUUAUUUUCUGAUACUUCACAAAUG